CAAGGUGUGGACAAUAUCCAUCAUUAAUUUGACAAAUGUGAUGAUGUUCACAGGUCACUGGGCUCAAUCCUUUGUCUUAUCUCGGAUACGAACUGAAGCAUGCAGCGCUUCGUGGUGUACAGCGCUAUGAUGAUGCAUUCGAGGCCUCCAAGAUAAUGCCCUUCAAGUUGGAUGAUGCACCCGCCCACAGAUACGACAGCUACGCCAGCGACACGUCAUUCCAUCUGAAGUAGAAGAUGCUAUUCAACGAGCCAUUCACGCCCAACUGGAAAACGUUCUACUUCGUCCCAUCAACACUUCUACUGGACGUUCGUGCAGUCGAUGCAGAUAAACGCAUUCACGGAGAGUACAGAGCACAAAGAGCUUUUGCAUUCAUUAGUGAUGUAUACGCCCCUCCAAACAGAGCUCAUCAAGAAACGGUCGUGAAGUGCUUCAGUUGGGUCAUAUUUUCCCAUAGUUGGGGAACCACGGAGCCGGGGCUGCACGACAUUCAGGACAAGGUCAUAUACGACUUGGAUCCGGUCGGAACCGUUGUGAAAUUGCAGAAGUUCUGCAAAGUUGCUCGCGAUGCGGGGUAUCGCUGGGCGUGGAGCGAUACAUGGUGCAUCGACCGGUCGAGGUCCAAGAAUCAGUCAACUCCAUGUUCGUCUGAUAUCACUACUCAACGCCCACCAUCGUCUACCUAUCGGAUGUCUUACCUUCGGCAAAGUCGGGCGCGCUUGCAAACAGCAUUUGGAGUGCUCGUCGACUUCCGUCCAGAGACAAUAGAUGCCUGAGAGAAACUCCGAUGGGCGUCAAACCGUGACACCAAGAGGGAGGAAGACAUCGCCUACUCUUUGUUUGGUAUCUU